AUGUUCAGUCCCCUGAUGGCUGGACAGUUAGCGGACCUCGCAGGAAAAUACCCUGAAAAGUUCGGGAACAACGCUUUCCUGAAGGCGUGGCCUUACGCACCACCUGCACUAUUGAGCGGGUUUUUCCUUCUGAUUGCGUUCGGCGCCGUCUUCUUCUUCUUAGAAGAGACUCUCGAGCCGCUCAAAGAUCGCUACGACCCGGGCAUUGCUUUCACGAGAAAGGUCAGCGCAAUGAUAUUUGGAAGAAAGGUUCCAUCAGCGAGCAGAGUCGCGCAGGAGGAGGCUUCGCACGAGGAAAUGUCCCGCAUGAUCACCGACGAUGCGGAGGCAGCAGAGGAGAGGGAUUCUGAAGAGCACCCUGAAUCGCUAAAGCCCGCCAAACCCCAGCGAAUUCUUCCACUGAAACGGAUGUUCACCAGGAACAUGUGUCUGACGCUCGUGUCAUACGCAAUCCAGGAGUACCACAUAACGACCUACAACACGCUAUGGACGAGCUUCCUCAGCGAUCCAGUUGACACAAAGAACCAAGCUCGAUUGCCGUUCUUCUUCUCAGGCGGCGCUGGAAUGAAGCCUGAUCGCAUCAUGUGGUCUCUAUUCAUCGUGGGCGUGAUGGGACUUCCGACGCAAUUGUUCAUAUACCCCCGCAUCAACCGCCGCUUGGGGACACUGAAAAUGUGGCGGACCUUCAUGAUGGGCAUGCCUUUGCUCUACUUCAUCAUUCCGUACAUCGCAGCCGCCCCAUCCACUAAGGCUCCGCCGGCAGGUAAGGAGGGCUUUUGGGUCUGGUUCCUCAUUGUCUUGGCCCAAGUUCUCAUGGUCGGAACUUCGACAUUUGUUGUUCCCGCACAGCUGGUGUUGACAAACCUGUAA